GUUAGCUGUAAGUCGUGUGUAUACAAGGCCAUCGGUAAGGACAUGACACGGUAACGUGAUUUGGGGUUAGAGUCUGGAACUCUCAUUCAUGUAAAUAUGGCGGCUUCACGAAGUUCUCGUUAUAGUGGCAGUGACUCGACGUCUGAGUUUUUGAUGCAGGUCGAAUUAAGUGUUUUGGAUACCACGAUUGUUAUGGUGUUCGCUGACAUGGGACCUCCUGAUGGACCAGUUAUUAUAUGUAUACACGGGUCGCCGGCUACCUACAGGGCAUAUCACACGAUGUUCCAGCCCCUUACUGAAGCCGGCAUGAGGCUGGUUAUUCCUAAUUUCCCAGGUAUGGGCUAUACAAAUGUGGAUGACAAGGAAAAUUUUAAUUUCUCGCCUCAACACAAGGCUGAAGUGGUAAAAGCAUUAAUACAGAAAUUGAAACUUGAAAGAGUAGAAAUGAUUAUUGGACAUUCCAUGGGUGGCCAUCUAGCGGCAUUGGUCGCCGCAACUGAUAAUAACAACAUCAUCAAGUCAGUUUGUUUCCUUGCUGGGCCUGGUGUCACACCACAUUACUAUCCGUUCAACAGCACGUAGGUUUCUUGUCUUGUAU